AUGUCAACGCUGGAAGUGACGCUAUCGCUGGGGCAGCACCCACCUCCGCGACUGGGAUGCCCGCAAAUGGUGCACAACAUUCAGCAUCAGCUCCGACAUGAAUGA